AUGGCGUAUGACAGAUUUGUCUCCAUAUUUAGGCCUUUGCAAUACCACACUGUCAUGACACCAUGGAAAGUUAAGCAGCUGAUUUCUUUCUUACCCAAAGAAGUGAACAUUUUUAUGUCAAUGAAUUACAUCCUUAUUCCUCCUCUCUUACAUCCCAUUGUGUAUGGUAUAAAAACAAAGGAAAUUCGACAAAGAUUCACAAAAGCAAUCAGAAGUAUGUGA